AUGUUGGGCCGUUUGUUACUGUCGCGAGGAUAUCACAGCACGAAGGGUGUGUUUGGAAAUCGACCAAGGCCUACCUACCGGUACGAAGGAGUCAGUGCAGCGGUGUUGGACAAGCGUAACAGCAAUAGCAAUGUGUACCGAUGGGUAGAAGCGUACCGCACACAUGGACAUCGCAUCGCAACGAUUGAUCCAGUCAAAUUUCACCCCUCCGAGACGGGCUUCAACAAGCUGCCAGAGCUUCAAUACACACGGUAUGGGCUCACCUCAGGAGAUCGUAUCGAUCCGACCGGUUUGCUCAAUGUACCGCAACAGCAGGCACUGUCAAUGGCCGAAUUGGAUCAACUGCUUGCCCGUAUGUACUGUGGCACGUGCAGCAUCGAACUCGGGUUCAUCGAGUCGGAGGAGGAACGCGAAUGGCUUGCCGGUCGAUACGAGCAGCUGUUCCAGCAGGAACCAACCGUCACCGAACGGCGUGACAUUGCCGAGCUGAUGCUAAAAUCGCAAGCCUUCGAUCAAUUUCUAGCGAUCAAAUUCCCGACCGUGAAACGGUACGGUGGCGAAGGUGCCGAGAGCAUGAUGGCAUUCUACUGGGAGCUGUUCCGGUGUGCCGGUGAGGCCGAUCUGCGCAACAUCGUCAUCGGUAUGCCACACCGGGGCAAGCUGAACGUACUAACGACCCUGUUCGGUACGCGCCCUGCCAAGAUAUUUAAAAAGUUCAAAGGACAUCCAGAAUUUCCUGCCGAUGCGCAGGCGAUGUGUGAUAUUGCGAGCCAUUUCCAUACUUCAACGGAUGUGACAGUGGGAGGGAAAACGUUUCAUCUCAACAUGCUGCACAAUCCGUCGCAUCUGGAGGCGGUGAAUCCCGUGUCGAUGGGUAAAGCACGGGCCAAGCAACUCGCACUUGCUGACGGUCCGUACGACGUACAGGGCGUGGAUGAAUACCAUCGUUCGAAGGUGCUGAACGUUCAAGUGCACGGCGAUGCCGCCUUUCCCGGCCAGGGUAUCAACCAGGAAUGUUUGAUGAUGGCGAAUGUGCCACACUUUGAGGUGGAGGGCACGAUACAUCUGAUUGUGAACAAUCAGGUCGGCUUUACGACACCAGCUGAACGGGGUCGCAGUACGCGGUAUGUUUCCGAUCUGGCAAAAUCAAUCAUGGCACCGAUCGUACACGUCAAUGGGGAUGAUCCGGAGGCACUGGCAGGCGUUACGAAGAUUGCCGUCGAAUAUAGGCAAAAGUUUGGCAAGGAUUUCUUUAUCGAUCUGAACUGCUUCCGACGCUGGGGACACAACGAAUUGGACGACCCCACGAUGACAAAUCCACUGCUGUACAAGGUGAUACACGCACGGAAGUCUAUCCCGGACGUGUACGCGGACAAGCUUAUCGCAGCCGGUGUGUUUGACCAGCAAGACGUGGACGCGAUCUCGAAGAGUCAUCAGAACUAUCUGACCGCAGAACUGCAGGCGCAUGAGCAGUACGAACCGGAGCGCUCCUAUUUCGGCAAACAGUGGAGUGGACUACAGCAACCCGGUGAUGAAGUAACCGUCUGGAAUACGGGUGUCGAUUAUCGGUUGCUAAGUCACAUCGGCCAGGAGAGUGUAAAGCUUCCGGAAGGUUUCAAUGUUCAUCCGCAUCUUCAGAAGAUACACAUCGAUGCACGGUUGAAGAGGCUCGCCGAAGGUCAACGGAUUGACUGGGCAACGGCGGAAGCGAUGGCGAUCGGAAGUUUGAUGUACCAAGGGUAUAACGUCCGUCUAAGCGGUGAAGAUGUCGGAAGGGGGACGUUUUCCCAGCGACACGCCAUGCUGGUCGAUCAGCAAACGAAUGAGAUCUUCAUUCCCCUGAACGCAAUGGCGGCGGGCAGCCCGAAUACUGGACGGUUUGAACUAGCGAACAGUAUACUUUCGGAGGAAGCUGUUCUUGGGUUCGAGUACGGCAUGGCUAUCGAUAGUCCCAACAAUUUGGUACUGUGGGAAGCACAGUUCGGUGAUUUCUUCAACGGUGCACAGAUCAUCAUCGAUACGUUCCUGGUUAGCGGUGAAACUAAGUGGAUGGUCUGCAAUGGUCUGGUGAUGUUACUACCGCACGGUUAUGAUGGUGCCGCUUCCGAGCACAGUUCCUGCCGCAUGGAACGCUUUCUGCAGAUGACGGACUCGCGGGAAACAAGCCCCGACGGUGACGCGGUCAACUUCCAGGUUAUUAAUCCAUCCACACCCGCCCAAUACUUCCACGCGCUACGCCGUCAAAUGAUACGCAACUUCCGGAAACCGUUGGUGGUGGUAGCACCGAAGACGUUACUGCGCCUCUCGGACUGUGUGUCACCGCACGGUGACUUUGCGCCGGGCACACACUUCCAGUCGGUGCUGGCCGACCCGGAGCAUGGUGCGCGUAUCGAUCCGAAGCGCGUACGACGCGUUGUGCUGUGUAGCGGCAAACACUACUACACACUGCAGGCCGAACGGAAAUCGCGCCAGGUCAGCGAUGUUGCACUGGUGCGGUUAGAAUCGCUCUGCCCAUUCCCGGUGCAGGCCAUAAGGGAUGAGCUGGCAAAGUACGCGAACGCGCGUGAGUUCGUUUGGAGCCAGGAAGAGCACCGCAACAUGGGCGCAUGGACAUUCGUGCAGCCUCGCUUUGAAAACAUGUGUGAACGUAGGAUUCAGUACCGUGGCCGUCCAGAAGCUGCUACCGUUGCCGUCGGUGUCAGCCAGUGGCACGUGAAAGAGGCUGAGGAAGUGAUUAAAACCACCUUGUAUUAA